AUGGCUGCUCCUUUAGCUGCUGCACUUGGUCCAAUAGGUGGCCUUGCAGCAUGUGCCUGCUGUUUAAUUAUUAUUGCUAUUUGGGGUCUUUUUGCUACCACAAUUGCAUUAGCUGUGUAUACAAGAAGAUGGGCUGAUGCUAUCAGACAAGCAAACGGCUUAAAUGGUGGAGCUGAACAGAUAUUUUUCAGUCAUGCUCUUCUUAUUAUUGGUCUUUGCGUAUAUGGCUAUCUUGGAAUUCGGCGAGCAAUACGCUCUGCCAAUUAA